UUUUCCAAUCAAUACAUACAAACAAUUUACUUUGAUUUUUAUAUAGUUUCUUGAUUUUCCAUCUUUUAAUUUUUAUCGUAAUUUUGAAUUUUGAUCUUUAUUACUCAAUGAUCAAUAAAUCCUAUGAACUCACACGCCGGAUUUUGCAUUUUCCAGCAAUUCAUCCUUGUGUGUCGGUUUGUUUCUCUAGCCUCGUGAAUUCUUUAAUCGACUUAUGUCAUACCAUAUGUGAAUACAAGUCAACAACUUUCUUUACGAACAAGAAACAUGCAAGAGUCUUGAUCCAUUUGAUCGAGAAUUUGCUUGUUUUUUUCGGAGAAAUACGAAAUGGGAAUUCAAAAACUGAAAGCACCUUGGUUUUAGGCUUGUCUGAGCUUCAUUUCAUCUUCCAAAAGGUUCAAUUCCUUUUGGAGGAUUGUAGCAGAGAUGAUGCUAGGAUAUGGAUGCUGGUGAAGUCGGAACAUGUAUCAACUCAGUUUCGUGUGCUUGUGAGAUCUAUCGAUGUGGCUUUGGAUGUUUUGCUGUUGGACGGAUUGGAUGUUUGUGUUGAAGUAAGAGAAUUGGUUGAGUUUGUGAGAAGGCAAGCACUCAAGGCAAAAUUUGAUGUGGAAGUGGAUGAUAGACGAGCUUCAAGGAAGGUUGUUCGAGUUUUAGAACGAUUUGGGAACGGAAUUGUUCCUGAAAAUGGUGAUUUAACGCGGGUUCUUGAGUAUUUGGGAAUACAAAGUUGGGCCGAAUGCAAUAAAGAAGUCAAGUUCUUGGAAGGUGAGAUAGGGCAGGAGUGUUUAACCGCUGAGAAAAGAGAAGUGGGAUUUCUCAGUAGUCUAAUGGCAUUCAUGAUCUACUGCAGAUGCACCCUCUUUGUUAUUGUGGACAAUGCACCAAUCAGACAAUCUGAUGGUGUAAGCUGCAUCAGUGAUCUGAUUAGGUGCUUGAAUCCUGAUGAUCUCAGGUGUCCAAUCACAUUGGAGAUCAUGAUUGAUCCAGUCACAAUAUCGACUGGGCACACGUAUGAUCGGUCCUCAAUCAUGAAAUGGUUCAAGUCGGGAAAUCAUACCUGUCCGAAGACGGGUGAGAGGCUUAUAUCAGUAGAUCUGGUUCCGAAUUUGGCUGUUAAGCGAAUCAUUAAACAAAAUUUUUUGGAGAAUAGAAUCCCGUUUGUUGAAACCGGAGGGCGUAAUCAUGAUAUACAAAGGUUAGCUGGUGCAGGUAGUGUCACAGCUGAGCAAGUUAUGACACUGCUUGCCUAUUUUCUCGUUGGAAGGCUAAUGGGUGGAAUGAUUGAAGAACAGCACAAAGCUGCUUAUGAGAUUCGUCUGCUAACCAAAACAAGCGUUUUUAAUAGGUCUUGUUUGGUGGAAGCUGAUGCAAUCCCGCCUCUCUUGAAUCUGAUUAGUUCAAGCAAUCCUGCAGCACAAGAGAACGCGAUUGCAGCUUUGAUGAAUCUCUCGAAGUACUCAAAAAGCAAGAGGAUGAUGAUUGAGAGUGGAGGAUUGAACCUGAUAGUAGGGGUGUUAAACGAGGGACUGAGGAUAGAAGCCCGCCAGUAUGCAGCUGGCACGUUGUUCUACCUUGCUUCAGUCGAGGAGUACCGCAAAAUGAUUGGGAAGGUUCCGGAUGCUAUUCCGUCUCUAAUGGAGUUGGUCAAGGAUGGGCCUGAUCGUGCCAAGAAGAAAGCAUUGGUCAGUAUUUUCAGCCUCAUUAUGAACCCUGAAAACCUAUGGCGGGUGCUAGCAGCUGGAUUCGUCCCUUUACUCGUUAAUCUGCUUACAUCUUCCCAAAGGGAAGAUCUUAUAACAGAUUCACUAGCAAUUUUAGCAACUAUAGCUGAAAAACUUGAUGGAACAAUGGCCAUUAUGAGUGCUGGAACUUUACCUGUAAUUUCUGAGGUUCUCGGUUCUCUGAAUUCACAAGCAGCAAAAGAGUAUUGCGUCUCAUUGUUACUCACCUUGUGCAUUAAUGAUGGAGCAGACGUGGUUCCUCUUUUAGUAAAGAGCCCGUCUCUAAUGGUAUCUUUGUAUUCCCUACUCACUGAUGGCACGCCUCGAGCAAGCAAGAAAGCCAGUUCACUCAUCAGAAUCCUACACGCCUUCAAUGAAAAAAGCUCCUCCGGCUUGAUGGCUCCAGCCCUUCCACCUGAACAAUUCAUUCACGUGUGGUAGCCGAUACUUUUUUUCUUUGGCUACUCAUCCAUACUACGAGUAUCUGUUACAUAUAUAGUAUAUAAACAUGGUCAUAUAUUUUAUUUAGUGACAGUAGCUCGAUUUUUUAAGAGCUGGUCACUAAACUGCUUCUAUAUUUAUGAUGAAGGUGUGUACAAAUACAUGUUGAGUUGUAAUUCAUUUUCCUACUGUUAAUAAUGAUAAUAAUGUUGCAGAGCAAUAAAAGAAAGUCUGUCUCCA